UUCAAAUAAUCUUGCCAAGUUACUCAGUAACAAUGUAAUCUAAAUAAUCAGAAACUCGAUAGAGCUGGUCCUAUCAAGUAAACUUAGUUUACAAUUCUUUUAGGAAGACAAACUCUUAUUAGAACUUAUAAAACUUAAUGGUUGUACCUCUUGGAAUCGUAUUGCACGUGAACUUCAAUCUAUAGUGAAAAAUACUUAAAAAAUUCGUUCUUCUGCUGCUUGUAGGGAACGAUUUUAAAAUAUUCUUAACCCCAAUUUGAAUAAAAGUAAUUGGACAUAAGAAGAUGAAGACAAUUUAUUCAAUCUUUAAUAAUCUUGUGGAAAUAGCUGGGCUAGAAUUGCUUCCUAAAUGCCUGGCCGUUCUGAUUUAUUAUGCAAAAACUAUUUUUAUGCUACAUUAAGAAAAGUCUUACGUCGACUCAGUAAGGCUGUUGGUUUAGAUAAAUGUAAAUAUAUAUUCAUUCUUUUUUAGCAUCAGAUUUACUUAAACAAAUUAAACCUAGUGUUUUAGGAGUCAUUUAUUGCAAAGAAGAUUCUUUUAAAAGUUUCAACAUUGAUGAGAAAAUGAAAACAGAAUUUUAAUAACUUAUCAAACGAUAUAGAUAUACAGAAAAAGCAGAACUUAGAAUGCUUUCAGAAAAUGAUGUGAACUAUAUUAAAUCUAUGCUUAAUCAACUAUUUGACAUCAAGUAAUAUAUAUAAAUAAUUUUAGUAAUAAUUAUAUAGCCUAAAAGAAUAGAAAUUCUAGUAGGAAGAAUUCUAAAUAAGAAACUUUUUCUGGAGAAAAUAAUAGCAAAUCAACCAUCCCUAAUUGCUUAAAUGCUCAAAAUUUAAAGAUUUCUAAACUGGAAUCUAAACUUUCUAAUAUAGAAAACAUUAAAUUAGAUUCUUUAUAAGAAUAUGAUCAACCUAAAACUAAUUAAUCUGACUUCUAAUAAGAUAAUCAAUCUAUAUCAGUUUAUAAUAAUCUAAAUCAACUUCAUUCUGGUUUUAUUCCUAUUAAUCAAUCAUAAGUAAAUCAAAAUUAAUACUAUAGGGAUAGAUUUAUAAUCCAUAACCUGUUUUUGCAUUCUGCAUUUAACCAAACCUUAUAAGCUGGCCAAUCUAAUCAGUCUAACCAUAUUACACCCCUUAAUACCUCUCUUAUCCUUAACCUCAUCCUAUGUAUGGAUGUUAAUUCAUGCAGAUGAUGUGAUUUAUAAAGAGAAAAUGAAGAAC